AGAGAGAGAGAGAGAGAGAGAGAGAGAGAGAGAGACUUCACAAAGAGUGCUCUUUUAUCAGUAUAGCUGAUGCUGCAACACAGGGUAAAGUCAACAUGCACCGCAUUCUCUUCUUCAUCACAGCAGUUUGUGUUUCUGAUAUAUUCAUCACAUUAGGUGAUCAAUAUCGUCUGGAGUGUCUCAAUGACUAUAUAUCGACUGUAAGCUGCUCUCUGAACAUCUCUGAAUUCCCGGGCAACGUGUCGGCAUACAGACUAAAGUUCAGCUCAAUUGACGAACAUGAAAACUGCACACUGACAGUGAGAGAACAGUCACUGGUGUGCGUGUUAGAUUUCUCUCCGGUUAUCUUCAGUGAUGUGGACAGCUACAGUAUCUUCCUUGGUUCCCGUUACCAUGACAACAGCAUCUCAGUGUUGCUGGAUGGUGACUACGAGCCUAAAGAACAUGUACGUCCGCUGGCUCCGUGUAAUCUGUCUCUGAUCUGGAACAAGGAUGGAGCAGUUGUGCAGUGGCAAAGUGGAUAUAACCCAAAGCGCUUGAUCAUAAAGCACCUCCAAUACCAGCUCAGCAUAGACAGCAGACAUGCAGAAAUUUAUCUGGUAACUGUCAGGGACCACAAGGUGUUUGUGGAGGAGUGUAGAUUCAAACCUCACACGAAUUACACAGUGCGUGUGCGAACACAGCCAAAUCAAGGGCACUACAAAGGCGUCUGGAGUGAAUGGAGUCCUCCCUUAUACUGGAGCUCAGGCAACAUUCACCAAGUUGCUCAAGAAAGCUCUUUCCACAUGAUAACGUAUCUUCUGCUCGUGCCAGUGUCACUGGUCCUUCUCCUCUGUAUCUCAUACUCCAGAUGCAGAAAGCAGGAGUAUGUCCCAUCACCGGCCCCAUAUUUCAGAGACUGGGACAGAGACGUUCAGAUCCAUUCAUUGCUCUCAGGUAAGAUGAGAGAUGUCAUGCAAGGGGAUGAGGCUUUACACAUCGACAUUGUGACCGAGAAUGACGACACGCCCCCUAAACAAAUGACUGAUGAGCAUGAAUCCACACCACCCCAAUCUCCUGUGGGUUCAGAGGUCGACUCGGGCUGUUGGAUUCGUGAUGUCAUGGCAACAGAGAGAGGAAGCAUAACAUGCAGUGAAGACUACUGUACGCUUUCUCAUUCUCUGCACACUUACGCUGUGUGAUAUUACACACAUAAUCGGCUUAAAGUUUAAAAACCAAGCAACAUUUGAUCAAGAAGGAUUUUAUUGACAUCAUUUACCACAUAUUAAAUUACUUUGCCUUGAAAAACUAAAUCAUGCGAAAGGUUCCUUGCACUGAAUAAUAAAAGCACAACGAGUUGUUACUUUAUUUACCACAUCUAAGAGUAUAAACACUCCAGAAUCAAAGCACAAAAGAGAAAAUGACUGAAACAAAAACUUGUUUUGUACAUGUUCAUGUGUCAUUUUGUAGACCUUUUUUCAUCAAUGUACAGAAUCACUUAAAUAUUUACCAAUCUUGUUGCUAUUUUUUGUAAAUGAUACUUUGUCUUUGAAGAUGUUCUACAAAGCUGUUAAGAGCUUCUGCUUUCAGUCAUUGUGUUGUUAUACUCGUCAUAUUUCAAUGACCAAUGUAGCUU